AUGUCUUUCUUGCCUUCUUUAUUCUUUCUUUUCAUGGUCUUUUGUUAUAUAUCUUCACAAACCUUUGUUGUUGUUGCUGCUGCUGCCAAGCCUCGAGUUCCUAUUCGUGAUGGACUACUUCCGAAUGGCAAUUUUGAGCAAAGUCCAAAACCAUCCAAUCUCAAGAUAACAUUGAUCAUAGGAAGAUACUCUUUGCCCAAUUGGGAAAUUAAGGGCAUAGUUGAGUAUGUCUCAGGAGGGCCACAACCAGGUGGAUUCUACUUUGCGAUUCCUCGUGGAACGCAUGCGGCAAGGCUUGGGAACGAAGCUUCUAUAUCACAAUACGUGAAUGUUGAGGUAGGGUCAACCUACUCUCUCACAUUUUCGGCUACAAGAACUUGUGCUCAAGACGAAAAGCUUAUGAUUCAUGUGGAUAAUAUACAUGACGAGCUUCCCAUCCAAACACUUUAUAGUACAGAUGGAGGGGACACUUACGCUUAUGCUUUUAAAGCUAUUAAGAGCACAAUGAAAGUUACAUUCCGUAAUCGUGGGGUCCAAGAGGACCCCACUUGUGGUCCGCUCUUAGAUGCCAUCGCAAUAAAAAAGAUGGCACCUUUGAAAUACGUUGCAGGUAAUUUGGUGAAAAAUGGUGACUUUGAAACCGGUCCAUACGUCUUCAAGAACUACUCAACAGGAGUCCUCCUCCUCCCAAAAAUACACGACAUAAUAUCCCCACUUCCCGGUUGGAUCAUUGAAUCUCUCAAACCGGUUAAAUAUGUAGACUCGAAGCACUUCCAAGUGCCAUCAGGGUUAUCCGGCAUUGAGUUAGUUGGAGGCCGAGAAACAGCCAUUGCACAAAUCAUACGAACCAUUCCUAACAAAUUCUAUAGGCUAACAUUUGUUAUAGGCGACGCAAAGAAUGGUUGCCAUGGCUCAAUGAUGGUUGAGGCCUUUGCCGCUAAGGAAACGCUAAAAUUGAAACAUGAGUCUCAAGGAAAGGGUGAGUUCAAAACAGGAGUUCUCAAAUUCAAGGCAAUAUCAAAUCGAACCCGACUCACAUUUUAUAGUGCCUUUUAUCACACAAAGCUUCAUGAUUAUGGUCAUUUUUGUGGACCUGUUUUAGAUGAUGUUAAGGUUUGGUUUUACUAG